GAUACGACGGCGCGCCCGUACAGUAACUACGGCAAUGUGUGAUUACGAUUACAAUAAUAAUAAUAAUAAUAAUAAUAUAACGUUUUGAUUAUUAUUUUGUUUCGAGUAUCAACACGCCGCCGCCGCCGCCGCCGCCGUCGAACAGUCGAAAUAAUAGUGCGCAACGAUAAUCGGUGCGAAUACUGCGGGAUAACCGAGACGAAUUUUAUGAUAUAAACGCUCAAUACCCGUAAAAUAUCGCCGAUAAAUUUUAAACGUAAAUCGUGGCUGCCAUCAAUGUCAAUAAUUUAUGUUAUUUUUCUGUUAAUGUCGCCUAGUUACACCUAAACCGCGGUUGAACACUUGUGUGUGCUUUUUUUUUUUUUUUUUUUUUUCUAAAUUUGUUUUUGUUCUGACGACCAUGUAAUCUCCACUCCGCCGUGGUCCCCGGUAUUUUAUUUAUUUCAUAAUAUUAUUCCAUGUAAGUAAUUCACUCGAAACAAUAUUAAUAAGAACAAUGAAUUACCUACCCACUGGUAUUCUGGCUUCUGGCAAAAUGCUAUUAAUCGGAAUUCGAAUCGCGUUUUCCGUCGUCGCUCGUUCGCAGAAUAUCAAACUGCAUAAGUAUUAUAAUGAUGGCUGAACAACAGAACCUCCCGCCGUACAUUCAUUACGAUUAUUCAUUAUUAUCGUACCAAACCCACCUGAAGUCGUUUUAGUUGUUCGCUUAUUACUAUAUUUACUUAUUUUUUAAAAACUCUCAAUCGAUUAGUCCAAUGAAAUUAUACUGACCAAAAAUUUGCAUCCUAAUUAUGAUUAUGAUUAUGUUCGAAUUUGCAGGUAGAAUGUCGUCGUCGCAUGAACAAAAACCUUCAAUUAACAGUGUUCUGGAUUUGUUGGCACAACAGUUUAUUGUGAUCUCUGGUUAGUUUUCAUCUACCGAUCUCUGUGGGUUAUUUUGGUGAAUUAUUAUGAAACUAAAUAUUAUUAAAUUAUUUGGAAAUUGUUUAAUACUCUGUUUUACUUGAACAUUAUUAAUAUAGUACAAGUCUGUCUACAACAACUAGCUGUAGUUUCAGUUCAACUUAUUCGUUUUCCUUGAAAUUAAAACAAAGAGUAAAUUUGUAUAACAAAUACAUAUUAUAUUAAAUAUCAUACUUAUUGAUAAUGUAACUGAAUUCACCUUUUUUUCUCUUAAGAGAGUUUUACACUUGCAAUUAAAUUACAUGCUUUUCAAAUGGAACGAACAGGUGAAUGGUGAUAUGACAAAAUCAAAUUACACAUAAUUUUACAAUGCCAUUAGGUUAAACCAACAACAAUAACAGUCUAUAACAGUUAUCAUUUGAAAUAUAAUUUGUUUAUUCAGAUUUGAUUACAUCCAAAUAAAAUUAAAGUAAUUUUAAUAUGUACCCUCAUAAUAAAAUUCUUCAAAGAGUGAUUUUGUUUUAUUUCCCAUUAAAUUGAUGGGAAAGAAUGAUAACAAAUAUCUAAGAAUAAAUAAUUAUUUAUGAAUUAUUUCUUUCCCAUUAAGGCAAUAAUAUUGCUCCUAUUAUAAUUGCCCAUAUAAUAUUUCAAAAUAGUUGAUUAUUAUCAAGUAUAAAUAAAUUAUUAUUAUGUACAUAUUCAUUGAUUUUUACAUUUACUUUUAGUAUGUUCAGUGGUUUUAGUUAAUUUUUUUUAUAAAGUUAUACUUUUAUUACUUUUAUUCGUGUUAUUUUUACAUUUAUUUUUAUUUUAUUUUGAAAAUUGUUUAUAAAAUACUUAUAAUUGAUAAUGCAUAAGCAAUAUUACAACUGUUUUCUUUGUAGGUGGAAAAACUAAAGAGGGUUAUUCCAUCAUUACAUUUCCCGAUACUGCAAAUUUUGUUGACUUGACUGAUGAUGGUUAUGAAAAAUUAGUAUCUUAUAUUACGUCUGUGCCUUCGUAAGUAUUUAUUACUAUUCAUUGUUAUUAUUUUAUUUUUUUAUAAUUACAAACUUUUUUUUAGAUUACAAGAAGCUGAUUUAGGUUUUGUUAUUAUUAUUGAUAGACGCAAUGACAAAUGGAGUUCAGUGCGAUGUGUUCUCUUACGACUAGCAGUAAGUAAAAUCAAGAUUGUUAUUUCUGUGUUUACAAUAUAGGAUUUUUAACAUUAUGUUGCCUACCUUUUGUCAGAAAGAAAUGUUUCAAACUAGUUAAUAUCUAAGCGGAAAAAAUUAAUUUGAUUUUAACUAGCUAAUACUUUUUCAAUGUGAAAUUAAAUUAAACUCAAUAUAAUUGUAAGCUAAUAUAAAUAAUUUCUAGCCUGUGAUAACCAAAUUAAAUAAUAGCAACUUUUUUUUUUUUUUCAUCAUUGUAUCUAACCAAGGAAAUUUAGAAAUCGAAAAAAAAAUAACUUUUUUAUUAUAAGGUCAAAAUCAAGAUUGGAUCUUAGCCUAUACAGGUGUUAAUUUCUUUGAUAAUAGCCUAUGGAUUCUAUACAUUUAAAAGAAUUUCUUCAUGUUAAUUGAAAAAGUGAUUCAAGAGCCAAUUCAUUAUGAACAUUAUUUUUUUUACAGAUUAUAUCUUAUCAAUUUAUGAUAUUUUCAUAGGUAAUUGAUAAUUAUUUAAGCACAGAAUAAUUUCUUAUACAAAUCCCCAUAAUACAAUUUAUGUUUUGUUUGAUUUGUGUAUGAUUUGUAUUGGAUAACAUAUUUUUUGAUAAAAUAUUGGCUUGUGUUUCACAAAAGUUUUUAAUUAGUUUUAAUAACAUUUUUAACAGUUGGUUGUAUACAGUGUUACAUAGUGGUCUUUUUUUAAAAUUUGAUUUAUGUCAAUAAAUAUUUUAUGUUUAGGAUUAUGAAGAAUAUUUAGUAAUAUAAUUCAGUAAUCAUAUUUUAAAAUAAAUUAAGAAAAAAAUUAUUAAGUAGAUAAACACACUAAAACAUCUUGUAAAUCAGAAACAAUGGGUCCAGUCCAGUCCUAAUGUACUAAUGUUAUUUAAGAUAAAUAUGAGCACAUUCAUUAUCAAUUUAUUUUUAUCAAGAGUUCUUAUUUGUUCUUUAUGCCUUUUAUGUAGCUUUUGUACUAAAUUGAUAACUUUUUAAACAAAGUUACUUAUAAAAAGGUAUUUUCUACUUCAGUAAAAUGUGAUGAACCUUUUAAAUUUAAGUUUAACAAUAUUAAAAAAAAAAAAAAAAAAAAAAAAAAUGUUUUUAUAUUAUUAAUUAACAUACCUAAUUAUUCUAAAAAAUAAUUAUAAAUAUUACUUGUGCAUCAUUUUCAGAUAAAUUUACUCUUCAUCAAUUUUGAUUUACUUAGUUUACAUGAUUCUGAAAUAAUAAUGAUAAACAUACAUUUAAUUCAAAAUAUAUCGUAUUAAUGAUAAAAUAGUAUUUAAACAAAAAUAUGAUUAAGUGUUCUAAUUGAUCUUUUAAAUAUGUAUAUUAAAUCGCAACUAGUGUAAAACUGUAUAUUUUUAGCAUCUGAGUAGGAUGGUAUCGUUUUAAUUAUCCCCACUAAACUCUCAAUGUGCACAUUUUAUUUAUAUACUUACACUCAUUCACAGUUUAUAGAAAUGUAUUCUUAACUCUGAUAAAUAGUUUUGAUUAUUAUUAUUAGUUUAUUUGUUGAGACUUAAUGCAACUCUAUUAUAGUAAAUAUUUAUUUAGUUCUAUACAAAUCACCAAAAAAAUUAUUGUUAUUUGUGUAAAAUAAUAUAAUAAAACAAUAAUUACUCAUUAGCUUUAUUGCAUUUUUAACAGGAAUUUUUCCCUGGUCUCAUACACAUAGUGUAUGUGUUAAGGCCUAAUGGUUUUUUGCAAAAAGCUAUAUCCGAAGUGAGCAAUAAGUUCUUUAAAGAAGAAUUUAAAUUCAAAGUUCUUGUAUGUACUGUAGUCGAAGAACUGCAUGAUUAUGUAGAUGCUACUGAACUCACUAUUGAACUUGGUGGUACUUUGCCAUAUUUUCAUCAACACUGGAUACAGCAAAGGAUGGUAAUGUUGUUUAUGUAACAAUAAUAAUAAUUUACUAUAAUAGCACACAAACCCAUAUUAUAUGAUAAUAAUUUUUAAAGAUAUAAAAAUAGCUUUACAUAUUUUUAGGCUUUAGAAAAUUAUUCAAAUGAAACAAAUUCUGUUUCGUCUAUGUUAAAUGAGUUCACUGAACGUUUAGCAAAUGAUUCAGUGGAUUUACCAAAUACUAAAGAACAGUCAGCCGAUUUAUUAUGUCGUCACGCAGUAGAGUAUAAUAAAUUGAAAAAAUGUUUUGCUGAAGCUGUUAAAAAAGGUGAAACACUGUUGUGUGAUUUCAAACAAGACACAGAUACUUACCAUGGUACCAUACCAUCGACAGUCACCAAUGUUACGGCAUUGGAAAGGUAAUUUUAUUUUGUUAUAUUCUAGAAAUGAUUUUCUAAUCAAAAUGUUAGUUGUUUAAUAUUGAUUUAAAACUUGGUUUUAUAUUUGAUUUUAAAGUUAUGUUAUAUUAUGUAUUUACUGUUUAGAUAAUUACAUAAUUGACAAUUAUUUACUCUACUUUUUUUUUUUUUUUUUUUUUUUAAUAGAGAAGAGAAUACAUUAUAUAGGUAAAUAGUUUACUAUUAAUUGAAUACUUGUGUAUAUUGAUUUAAACAAUAUAAAAAAAAAAACAAAUCUGCAAUAAAUAGUAAAAAUGGAUUAUAAGCUAUUGUUAUUAUUUAUUAUAAUCACCAAAAAAAUUUCGUUAUAACCCUGUAUACAAAAAAGCUAAGUUUAAAAAAAAAAAUCAUUGUAGAUUUGGUUUUUUUUUAAUUGCUGCAAAAUUGGCUUAAAGCUUAUCCUUACAUCAAAUUUUCAAUAGGGGUUGGGCAAACAGUCUUCUGAAUUUGUAAUACAAAUACAUAAAAAUAAAAAAUUAUUACCAAUUUAGGUUCUGGUUUUUUUUUUUUUUUUUUUUUAAUUGAAAAUUAAUAAAUGUUUUUGAAUACCUAUAUUUUAUUUAUCUAAUAUAUCUAAUUAAAUAAUUAAAUAAUUUUUAUUUUAUAUUUUUAUGUAUUUUGUUUUUUCUUAUCGUGCAGUCGAGUAUAUUGGUCAUAUAAAUUGGUUCAAUAAAUUUAUAUUUAUUUUUAAUAGAUUAUUAGUACAGAUGGAAGAAACAGAAAAAGUGUUUGAUGAUUUUUGGGAACAAUUUUCUGGACGACUUAAACAAUGCCAUUCAUUGCGUGCAUUUGAAGAAAGUUUUAAUAUUGUUCAAGUAUGUUGAAAUUAUAUUUUACAUAGAAAACCCUCAAUUCAGAUACUUUUUAAAAUUGGAAAUAUUUUGACAAUAGACAGUCGUUUUAGAUUAUUUUUAAAACCAAUAAAAAAUAAUUAAUAAAGUAUAAUAUUUUUUUGAAAAAUAUUAGCUUUGCUAUCAUAAACUUAAUCAAAUAUAUAAAAACCAGUGUUUGGUUAAGUUUAUUUAUUUACAUUAUAUGCAAUACAAAAUGGUAACAUUUUGUUUUUAAUUUUAAAUAUUUAAUUAAUUUCAUAAAAAAUGCAAAAACUAAAGUUUUUUCUAUUUAAUAUUAGGAAAGAGCCAUGAACAUAAAUUACUAGUAAUUAAUUUGGACUAAAGGAAAAUAAAUAGAAAUCAUAGUGAUUUCAAAUUAUAAAAAAAUGUACAAUUGUACAAUUUGUACAAACAGAAGUAUUUUAAUGAUACCGUUGUUAUUUCAGACUGAAAAACAUAAAAUUAUUUUAUAAUCUAUAUUAAUAUGUAAAGUUUUGCAAUUAAUAUUGAUUUUUCUUUUUUGUGUUUUUAUCAUUUGAUCCAUAUUUAAUUAAAAUAUCAAAUCAAGUCCAAUAAUUUCUGUUUUUAUUAAUAUUUGUUGUUAAGAAUUUAUUGUCAAUUUUGUCAAAUAUUUUAAAUCUAGUUAAAUGAUAUUUAAAUAAUGUAGUAUUGUAUUAAAUCAAAUUCUAAUUAUUAUAAAUCUUUUUUAUGAUGUUUAGUGUUCAUUAAAUGAACACUUACAAAUUAUUUCUGAAAUGACCGAUGUUGGAGAUUCCGUUGAACGGGUAAAAACAUUACUUGAUGAAUUAGCUGCAUUUCAAAAAUCUUGUGAAGUACGUAUUUGUUAUUAUUUUAUUCAUUUAUUUACUUAAUGUUGUCCUGUAGGCAUUUAAGAAUGUACUUGGUAAAGUUAAAAAGUAAUAUACAGAUGAGGUUAUUCAUUAUAGAUGUAACAAAAAAUAUCUAAAAUUAACAAAGCAAGUAAGAUAAGGAAAGACUAGAGUAGAAUUAUAUUAAUAUUUUUUAGUUCUUUUUGCUUAGAAUUAAUAAAUUGGUUUUACAUUCAACUAACUAUCUUUCAUUUUAAUCCUUUUCUUAGAUCUGAUAAUUUAUACAAGUGAUCAAUAUAUCAUUAGACACUCAUUAUCUUAGAAAGUAUUAACUUUUUUCAGAAUUUGUUUUAAAGAACAUUUAAGAAACAAGCUGCUCCAUAAUUUUACAUUUAUGUUAUUUAAAAAAACAUUACUUUUGAUUUUAAAAUAGCAAUCUAUUUUUAAAAUUCUAUAAAUAAUUUAAGUAUAAGUUAAAAUAAAUUUUUUGGUGUUGAAGUUUUUGGUUUCCAUCAAUCUGUUGACUAGACAUUCAACUUUUAAUUUUAAGUUUGGAUUGGAGGAAAGUAGUGAUGGUUUAUUAAACUGUUGCACGCCUUAUCGCCACUCAAAUGAUGCUCUAUGAUUUUCCUUUGAACCUAAACUUAAAAAUGGAAUAUUUCGUCAACAGACUGACAGAAAUUAAAAAUAACAGCACCAAAAUGUAUUUUAACCAAUACUCCAACUAUUUAUAGAAUUUUUAUAUAAGUUUCCAUUUAAAAAUCAAAAGCAGAUAGAGGUUUUAACUCAAAAAAUAACAUAAACAUAAAAUUGUAGAACUGCUUUUUUCUUAAAUUUUUUAUAAAACAAAUUCUGAAAAAGUUAAUACUUUCCGAGAUAAUGAGUAUCUUACAAAAGAUUGAUCACUCUGUAGAAGUGAUUAAAAAAGUCAAAGAAUUCUCUCUGAAAUAUAUAAUUAAAUUUAUUGUUCCUAAUUUUUUAUUAACAAUUUAGGAAAAAAUCAAACUCAGUGAAGAUUUAUUAUAUUCUGGUGGUCAAUUAUUAACUUCCAAACGUUUUAUUGUAUUGGAAAGUAUUCAACCAAAAUGUGAUGAAGUUCAGCGUCUUACCCAAACAUUAAAUGAUCGUUUGGAAAAACGUUUACAGACUUUAAAUAAAAGUUGUGAACUGCAAGCUAGAAUCCAAAAGGUAUUUAUAAAUAUUUGUGUGUUAAACAGAAAACAGUUAAAAUAAAUGUUUGUUUCAUGAAAAUUUUGAGGUUAUUAAUUCUAGUCAUUUCUAAUUGAAAGACUUGUGUGAUAUUCAGGUAAUCUUUAAAGAGAGUGUGAUACUCAUAUUAUGUGUGUUUCAAAUGUAUGACCAGCAAUUGUACGUUAAGCAGGGACAAAAUUAAGCCGUUAGUUUUAAUAUUUGAAUGAAUUAAUGAAUCGACCAAAUGAAAUUUAAAGAUAAGGAAAUUGUUUGCAUAAAAUUGACACUAUUUUUUUUGUUAUUUUAAUUUUUAAGAGAUGUGGCAUGUGAAAUACACAAUUAAAUAUUACUUACAUCUCAUAUAAAAAAAAAAAAAAUAUUUUAAAAAAGUGCCAUUAGUGUUCAGAUAAUGUUUUUUUUUUAAGUUUGAUAAUAGAUCAAUUCAAUCAAAUAUUAAAACUAACUUAUGGUUAUCCUUGUUGAACACACGUUUGCUAUAUUGUGCAUUUAUAAGAUGGAAACAGCCCAUGAAGGUAUUGCAUCCUCUUAAGAUAAAACUCUAUUAUAGGUGAUAUUGAUACAUAAAUAAUAUAAUUAAUUACAACAUAACUAAAAAAAGAUGCUGUUCAGAAUAAUGAAGUAAUGCUAUUUAAACAUUUAAAACUUUUUACACCUUUAGAAAUAUUUUAAAACAUUUUAUCGAAGUGUCUUAAGGUAUUUGUAGAAUAAAGAAUAAUAGUAUAUAGGGAUUUCAAUAAUGUGUCAUGCUCUAUUCUAUUCUAAAAUACUCGGUUGAAAAUUAAUAUAAAUUUACACCAAUUUUAAUUUUAAGUUAAUAAUUCACCAAAUUUUAAAAAAAAUCGAAAAUAUUUUAAUUUGUAAUAGAAAUAUUACUAGUACUGUACUAAUAUACAUUGUACUAGUAUUAAUUUAUUAUUUAACUAUUAUUAUACCUGUAUCAGGUAUAUUAAUACAGAUAGGUACUUAUACAGAUAUUUUUAUUUUACUAUUGUGAAUUCUUUUAUUAAAUUUUAAUUUUGAAAGGUUUAUCAUACUCUAAUAUUUUGUAUCUACAGGCCAGUGAAUGGUGUGCUAAAGGUGUUAUGCUUUUGGGUUCAGAGCCAGCUGACAAAUGCAUUAGUGCUGAACAAUCACUCACCGAACUAGAAGAGUUUAUGAGUAGUGCUCAUCACUUAAAAGUAGAAAGUCCCAGAGAAUUUUACUCAUUAUUUGAAGAUACUAUAACUCCUGAAACUAAACCAAUUGUUACACAAGUACUUCAACGACUUGAUGAUGUAACUACCAUGUGUGAUAAACGUUUGGCCAGUCUUAAACGUUUGAUAAAUAAACCACGGCCAAUUUUAUCUGUUAAUCCUGAACCUGCCAUCCCUAUUCAUUUAGCAAAUAAUAUAACCAAGGUAUUUAAUUAUUGUUGAUAUACAUAUUUCAGUGUAUUACUUUUAUUAAAUAUAAUAUUAAUACAUUUUUAUUAUUUCAGAUUUCAAAUGGUGUAGAUGAAUGUGAUUUAGCUAUACAAAACGAUGAAAAUAUAGUUACUAAAACAAAACAUGUUCUCACUGAACUUUUGUAUACUGAACGGCAAUAUACUGCAGAGUUGGGUUCUAUUCUUAGAGUAGGUUAAAUUUUUGAAGUAUUGUUUCUUUUAUGAUUUUGUAAAUGAAAUUAUGGAUUUUUAGGGUUACAAAGAUCAAAUGGAAUUUUCAGAUAUGAAAAACUUAAUACCUUCAGGACUAAAGGGUAAAAAUGAAGUUCUAUUUGGAAACCUUGAAAGCAUCCAUAGUUUCCACAAUCAGUUUUUUUUACCUGCUCUUGAAAGUUCAUCGAGUAUUGAAUCUGUUGCUGUUUGCUUUACAGAAAAUGUAAUAUAAUAAUUAUUUUUUUGUUAAUUUUGAAUUUUAUUUUCAACUACAUAAUUUUAACUGGUUUUAGAGGGAAAAACUUCUACAACUUUACACGUAUUAUUGUGUGAAUCUAACAAGGUCAGAAGAAUUAAGAGAAGCAGUUGGUGAAGAUAAUCUUUUUUUUAAAGCAUGCCAAGAAAAAAUUGGACAUCGUUUGCCUCUAGGUGCAUAUUUACUUUUACCUAUGCAAAGAAUUACUAAAUAUCAACUUCUAUUAAAAGUAAAUAUCAUUUAAAACAAUAUUUAUGUAUAAUUUAUUAAUCUCUAUUGAAAUUUACCUGAAUUGUGUUUUAUUAUUUUAUAGGAACUUUUGCAUAAUGAAAAAAAUCAAAAUUGUGUUACUAAAUUGCAAAAAGCUCUUGAUUGUAUGUUGUUAGUUCUCAAUAAUGUAAACGAUAACAUGCAUCAAAUAGGGAUUACCGGGUUUCAUGUAAUUUAUUAUAUACCUUUAAAAUAAACCCGAGAUUCAUUAAAAAUAUGUAAUUUUUGUACAAUUUAGGGUGAUUGGAAUGAUUUAGGUGGAUUACUUUUACAAGGAUCUUUUUCUGUAUGGGUCGAAAAUAAAAAAGAUCUGUUAAAAGAAUUACGUCUUAAACCAAUGAGACGUCAAAUUUUUCUAUACCAACAGGGAUUACUACUGUGUAAAAAAGUAUCUAAAGAUAAUAAACCAAUGUACCAUUAUAAAAAGUAUUUAAGGGUGAUUAUUUUUUUCUUAUCAAAGUAUAUUAUAGUAUAUCAGAAAUAAAAAAUUUAAUGUUCAUUUAUUUAUUUUUUUUAAUAGAUGUGUAAUAUCGGGUUAACAGAAACUGUUAAAGGAGAUUUAUGUAAAUUUGAAGUAUGGUUAGAAGGACGUCAGGAAGUUUAUACGAUCCAGGCAUCAAAUUUGCAGCAAAAGCAACAAUGGGUGUCUGAAAUUAAACGUGUAUUACUUGAACAAUUAGCUGAAUUAAAAGGAGAAAAAAUCAAACAAUAUAUAAGUACUUUUGGAAAGCAUGUGUAAGAUAUUCUCUAUUCAUGAUCCAUUAUUAUUUAUUAAUGAUUUUAAUAUGGUUUCAAAUUCUAUUCUAAUAAUACAAAUUAAUAUAGAAACUUGCGUCAAACAAAUUCAAUAGACGGUCAAAAUGAAACGGGUUCGAAUCGAAACAGGCGCCCUCUUAGUCAUCACGAAACUACUGAUGAUGAUUCGUCUGACUAUAGUUUAACAGAUGACGAAUCUCUUGAUGGGACAAUUAAACAUAAAGUUUGUACUCGAUUAAAAUUGUUAUAAUUUAAUAAUUAUUUUAAUUUGUUUAUUUUCCAGGCGGAUAGUUAUAUAUCAUUGGCGGAUUACAAUGCACUUAGGCCUACAGAUGCCACAUUAAAAAGAGGUGAUAAAGUAGAUCUUUUGAAAGCUGGUUCAAGUAGUUGGUGGUAUGUCAAAGUUCACGGUAAGUGUUUUUCUUCUUAUCAAGUGAAUAUACUAUUAAUUCAAUUAAUAUUUAACUAAAUUGUAACUUUAAUAUGAUACUUGAUAGUGAACCAGAUGAUUUUGUUAAUUAAAAAUAAUAUAAUGUUUUUUGAAAAUAGGUUUACUUGAUAUUAUUAUAUCAAACUAUUAAAAUAAAUAUCAUGCACACAUUUUAAUUAAACAUACUAGGAACAAUAAAAAUAUAUUUCUUCAAAGUAAAUUUAAAAAAAAACCAAAUAUUAUACUACUUAAUAUUCAUACAUUUCUUGAUUUUAUGAUGUUGAGGAUUUCAAUUAAUAUGUUUUAGAUUUGAAACGAUAGCUAUAAGUUAAGUAUGUUUUUUUUUUUAUAUAAUAAUUGUAAACAAAUUUUUAUUUUAAAUUAUUGCUUAUAUAUUUCAGUAUUAUGGACAAUAUAUAUUUCAUAAUUUAGCUUUUAUUGAGGAUUUAUUAUAAAGAGAACACUUGUUGAAUAACUGUCACAUUUUAUUUAAAAUAUAUAUAAAUUAUGAUUUUAUAUUUUUUAAUAUUUACUUAAUAGAUUGUUAUAGUAAAUGUGUGCCCUUAAGAUUUUGGACAUUAGUUUGACUAAUUGGGUUUACUAAGUCUUACAUUUGAUAAACCUUUAUUUGAUUCCAACCUUUGGCCCAUAAAUAAAGAUUUUAACUUGCCUUUAAUAAAAUUGUUUUUAAAAGUAAAAUUUGUUUUUUUUUUUUUUAAAUUUAGGUUCUAAAACAGAAGGUUGGGUCCCAGCUGCACAUUUAGAGAUCAGUGGUCGUAAAUCAUCGCACAGUUCCCAAUCUGUUUGCAGCCAUGGAUCUGCUUCUACAGAAUGAAAUCCUCAAUUUUUUUUUUAUCAAAUAAAUAUAUAUAUUUUACACAAUUGUGAUAUUAAGGUAUUUAAUUUGUUUAUUAUUUAUUUAUUAGUCUACACAAGGCAUAUUUUUUUAAAGUUAAAAUCCUAUUAUUACACAUUUUAAAUUAUAAUAUUGUAUAAGUAAGCAUGUCAUUUAUGUGGAAUAUAAUUGUUAUCGCGAGCUUCCUUAGAAUUAGAGAACAGGAAACAGUAAAGCAUCAAUAUACAUAUAUUUAUUUACUUAUUAGUUGGUCCAAAAAAAAAAAAAUGGUUUUAUGUUAUUUUUCCAUAAAUCAAUUUCAGUUAAUAAUAAUGUUUGUAAUACCAAAAUUGAUAGAUAACUGUGACACUACUAAAUGUUUAUAAAAUUGUAAUAUUUUUAAACAUUACUAUGUACUUAUGUUAAUAAUUCAAUCCUUAUUAAAAUUAUAUACCUUUAGUUCAUGGGCAUUAUUCUCCUAUUUUAGUUCCUCUAAUUCCUCGCGAGGUUUAUUGUAAAAUAUUUAAAUGUGUUGUAGUUUAAGUUUUGCUGUAUAUCUAAAUUUGUAUAUAAUUUAAUUUGACAUGUGAUAGGUAUUCUUAAUAAUGUGAUUUUUUUAGCUACUUAAAAAUAAUUUAAAAUUACUCUUUGCCAAAUUUUCACACUGUUCUAUGUUUAAUGUGAUAAUUAAAAUCUUAAUCACAUUAUUUAUAAAAAUAAUUGAAUUGUUUAUCAACAAAAUGUAUAUAAAUGCUAUUUGAUAUAUUUUAUAUUUUAUUAAAUAAAUUUAUAUGAAAAUAAAACAAAGUUCACUAAAUUUAAAUUUGUUAAAUAGGUAAUAUUACAAUUAAAAAAUUAUGAAUUUAAUAAAUUAUAGUUUGCACUUGUAAAUUACCACACUAAUCCAGUUUUAAAAAUGACUUAUUUUUGCCAUUUUAAUUUAAUAAUUAUUAUAUAUUAUUUAUUUAUUUUAACUUCUAGUCAUUUAUAUUCAAAAUGGUUUUUUCUAAGCACCUAUCAUAUUUUUAACCAUUAGUCAUACACGAUAAAAAUAUGAUUGAAAUUUCAUUUCACGGUUCCUAGAUCACUUAACAUUUAUAUUUUGACAUUUUGAUGAUAACUCAAUUAAAAAAUCAAUUUUUAAUAAUAAUGUUGUUCAAGUGUGUCUCUGUAAAAAAUUUACUGGUUAAUUAUACCUAAUCUUAGUUAAUUUGUUUUGACUGGCUGGCCAUUAUGGUUCUAUGUUUUUUGUUUAACUUAUUUUUAGUAUUUAAAAGUCACCCAUUUAAGUAUACUAUUAUACAUUUAUUUAUUUAUCUUGCAUAAUUGAUCACCUUGAAUUAUUUGUUAUCGCUACUAUUACCUCAUCAUUAUUAUUAUUAUUAUUAUUAUUAUUAUUAGUUAAAUGUUAAAUUCAACUUAAAAAAAAAUGUGAUUUUUUUAUAAUGUGAAAAAAUUUCUAAAUAAAAAUAGAC